AUGACUGUAAUAGAAAAUCAACCCAAGUCCGCAAUCUGGCUCACACUACAAGUCAGCGAAAUGUUCCGGAGAAGGCAGAAGCACGCAAUCCGAUCCCAACAAUCCCAACAGCGGCUGCAGCAAGAACAGCAUCAACCAUCUGAUUCAUUACGAGUGGUGAUCAAAGAUGAAACUGCAAAUGUUGAUAGGCGUCCCAAAUCACCCGAAUCCGAUUGGUUGAUCAGAAUCAGGCAAAAAGUCGAGGAUGCCCACCAGAAUCAUAGAGCAAAUACGUGGUCCAGGCGCUGUAUUUACAGAAUACCCCAAUGCCUGCGAGAGAGCAAUGACAAAGGUUAUCAUCCCCAAGUUGUUUCCUUGGGGCCUUAUCACCACAACAAGCGACGCCUGCGAAGCAUGGAAACUCACAAAUGGCGCGCUGUUCUACAGAUUCUCAAGAGAACUAAUCAGGACAUCAAGUUAUAUCUUGGCGCCAUGAAAGAACUCGAAGAGAGAGCCCGCGCUUGUUAUGAAGGUCCAAUUCCCCUCAGCAGUGAGGAGUUUGUCGAAAUGAUGGUUCUUGAUGGUUGUUUCAUCCUGGAAUUGUUUAGGGGCUCUGUAGAAGGGUUCAAUCAAUUAGGAUAUUCGACAACCGAUCCCGUCUUCUCAACGCUACGAUCAAUGCAUUCAAUCCAAAGGGAUAUGAUAAUGCUGGAGAACCAAAUUCCUCUGUUUGUACUGGAACGUCUAUUCAGUAUUCAACAAAUUAAGCAUCCUGAGCACAUAGGAACCGUGAGUGAACUUGCAUUGAGGUUUGUCAAUCCAUUAAUGCCUACAGAUGAGCCAUCAUCAACAAAGAGUACUGAUGAAACCGCCUACCAAUUUGAUCCUCUACCAGAACUAGUUGGAGAACAUUGCCUGGCUGUCUUCUGGAGGAGUAUUCUAAGAAAAGGGUCUCAACCAAGGACGACGGUAAAUGAGACACCCGAUUCUGUUAAUUCCGUUUCCAUAUCCAUCCGCGUUAGGCAGCAGCUCAUUCACGGUGCCACCGAGUUAAGGGAUUCUGGAAUUCAUUUCAGGAAAAGAGAAACAGACAGGUUCUGGGAUAUAAAAUUCAAAGACGGAGUCCUCGAGAUUCCAAGGCUUCUGAUCCAUGAUGGUACAAUGACCCUUUUCCUCAACCUCAUUGCCUUUGAGCAGUGUCAUCUUGGAUGCCCAAAGUACAUAACUUCCUACGUCAUUUUCAUGGAUAACCUGAUCAGCUCCCCUGAAGAUGUUAGCAUCCUUCACAAUUGCGGAGUGAUGGAGCACUGGCUUGGAAGUGAUUCCGAAGUGGCUAACCUCUUUAAUCGUCUUUGCCAAGAAGUGGUUUUCGACAAAAAUGACAGUUACCUCUCUUCACUAUCGGCCCAGGUCAACGACUAUUGCGACAACAGAUGGCACACAUGGAGAGCAACUCUUUGCAAUAAGUAUUUCAAUAGCCCCUGGGCAGUAAUCAUAUUCAUUGCCGCCGUGGUCUCGCUAUUGCUCGCAUUUAUACAGGCAUUUUUUGGUGUUUAUGCCUAUUACAGACCAUCAACUCCACCUAGCCCCGGUCCUUUCCCUCCGGGAGGGCCUUAA